CGCCCACCUACGUCAGGGCCCUACACAUGGAUAGACAGACAGCCGAAGGCUAGACACACACUCAUUUUGUGAUAGUCUGCUUUCCCUUGUACUCUACUCCUACUUGCGCUUUUACUAGGCUGCAGUGAGCGGAUUGGAGAGUUCUCGCUCAAGAGAAUAUUGGCAACAUGUCAACAGAAGACAAGGGUGAAUGCCGAGUAGUUCUCCUGGGCAAGACGGGUGCAGGCAAGAGUUCCCUUGGCAACACUCUUUUGGGUCGGGAGGCGUUUGAGGUCGGCCGGGGGCUGUCCUCUGGAACUGAGAAGUGUCAGUUCGCUGACACUUUAAUCGAGGGCGUUAACCUAGCGGUGGUAGACACUCCUGGCUUAUGUGACACACACAGACCUGAGCAGGAGGUGUUACGGGAAGUUGCUAAAAGUGUUGCGGUUGCGGAGCCUGGCCCCCACGUGAUCCUCAUGGUGCUGCGCUCUGAUAGGCGAUUCACCGCGGAAGAGUACACAGCCUACAUCACUCUCAAGGGAAUGUUUGGCAAUGACUUCUGCAAGUUUUUAUUCCUCGUUUUUGUAGGAAUAGACCAGGUCACUGGCAACCCAGACGAAAGACAAUCGGCUUUGGAAUCACUGAUACACGAGAAAUCUCUACCAACUCUACAAGAACUGAUCUCUGACUCCUCCAGCAGAUACUUUGCUGUCGACAACAAGGCCCAGCCUGAGGACAGAAGACAGCAAGCGAAGGACUUACUGUCACGGAUUCAGGAACUGAUUCAAAAAAAUGGCGGCCGGUACUUCAGCAACAGACUGUGUGAGGAUAUCGGCAGGGAUGUGGAGCCAAUGAUCCAGCGACGCAUACAGCAGGACAACGCCACGCGAGCAGACGCCACCAGGGCCGUCAGACAGGACAUAGUCAAAGAAAAUGUCUUCCUGGAUGCUCUGAAGGGCUGGGUGAGGGUCAUAGCGAAAGCUCUUGAGCCAGUGUUAGAGCAAGUCGUUAAGAUUGCAUCUGAAAAGGGAUUGAAACUGAUGCAAGAAAAGCAGUGCUCUGUUAUGUAAAUACUUAUCUGAUGUUGUCACACAUUUGAUGUACAGAGGUGCUGCUGCUGGUGUGCUGCUGCAGUCUGUCUAAAUAAGUCAUAAUAAGUUUGGAAAUAUGUGAAUAAAGUCAGUUUGAUAAACAGAACUUGAACUCUAGAACUUGACAAAGCUGUACAUACAUUUGUACUCUCUGCCAUGUCUCAGUUUUGCCUCUUUGAUGUUUCAAUUUAAAACUGUUCGGUUUCAUAUUAUUAUCAAUAGUUAUUAUGAGAUUUUUGGUUUGUUUUUAUUUCGAAACCUCUCUUCAAGUGUGGAACAAAAAGUUAAAAUGCUAAGUACUCUGUAUGAUACUAUAAUACUACGAAACUGUAUUGUGUGUGUGAGCGUGUGUGAGAGUGUGUGUAUGUGUGUCUUUUUUCUCUUUUUUGUAGCAUUUAGCAAAUGUUUUCAUGUAAUUGAUGUUGUGUAAGUAUUGUAUUUGAAGUCUAUUGUACUAUACUAUCUCUUUAUAAUAAAAAAUGACUAAUUUUAUUAAUCCCAGUGGACAGUUAUAACUUGAAAAGUGUGGUCAGCUGCAUGAAACAGAAAAAAUAGUUCUAGCUAUAAGACUAGGAGAAGUCAGUGGGUGUCACAGCAAGUCCUGCUCUAUAAAUGUCACACAACAGAAGUGUUUGGUCUGAUGUUACUUAUUGUAUCCUCUGAUAAAGCAAUAAGGCAAGUCACAAAAUAAAAAAUUAAAAUUCUCA